GCUCCUUUAACCAACAUAGAGGCAGGAGAAGAGGAGAGGGGAAUGUCAAUAGAUUUUGAGGUUGAGUUAUUUAUUGAAGAAAUUCGGAAACUUGGAUGUUUGUGGAAUACAUCUUUAUCUUCUUACAAAGACAGAAAUGCAAAACAAAAUGCAUGGAAAAUUCUCUCCAACAUAUUUAACAAAGAUGUGGAAUUUUUAAAGACACAGUUGAAAUAUUUGAAAGAUAACUUGAAGAAAUGCCUUGAUAGGAGAUCCAAGGCUACAAAAUCAGGGGCAGCUGCAUCAAAGUUGCCCACAUGCAAGUAUUUUGAUCAGUUGAGAUUUCUGCAUGGCAAAGUCUGUAACAAACCUACAGAAAGCAAUUUGACACCAGUGAUUGAUGUUGAAGAUUCAUCUUUAGCAGUCAAUAAUUCUUCUGCACUUACUAGUUUUGUAACCCAGUCAGUGCUCUGCCCCGAGACCUCAACUCCAACAUCAUCAAAGAGUAUUCCAGCCUCUGCUCCAGGAAAAAGUAAAGCAGAGACUGAAAUUAUUGCAAAUACACCUGCAAAGCGAAGUAAGUCAAGAGCAGAAAUGGCAUUUGCAGUAGAUACAAUGUUGGUGAAGACAUUGAAGGAUAUGCAAGAACCCACUGUUACUGAUCAAGAUGAAGAUUUAUUAUUUUGCAAAAGCCUUGUACCAAUACUUAAAAAGAUGCCUGCAAGACAAAAUAGGCUUGCCAAAAUAAAAAUAAAUCAACUUUUGUUUGAUAUAGAGUUUAAUGAUGAACUGUGACUAAUUUCAU